AUGCCGGCCCGGCACUCGGAGCAGGAUCCCAGCAGGAUCCCAGCAACAGAUUGGGACACCCGGGGCCGGGCGCUGCGCUGCUGCCUCCUGCCAGAGCCUGGCACGCUGGGUGUAACGGCGCUCGGAUUCCACGUGAUCCCCUCGGUGUCCAGCAUCGUUCCCGAGAGCUGCCUGCUCAUCGUGGUGGGCCUUUUGGUUGGGGGGCUCAUCAAAGGGGUGGGUGAAAAGCCCCCCAUCCUCAAGUCGGACAUCUUCUUCCUCUUCCUCCUCCCACCCAUCAUCUUGGAUGCCGGCUAUUUCCUCCCUUUGCGCCAAUUCACCGAGAACCUGGGCACCAUCCUCAUCUUCGCCGUGGUGGGGACGCUCUGGAACGCCUUCUUCUUGGGUGGCCUGAUGUACGCCGUGUGCCAGCUCGGCGGCCCCGGCCUGAACCACAUCGGCCUCCUGGCCAACCUGCUCUUCGGCAGCAUCAUCUCGGCCGUGGACCCGGUGGCCGUGCUGGCCGUCUUUGAGGAGAUCCACAUCAACGAGCUGCUCCACAUCUUGGUCUUCGGGGAGUCCCUCCUGAACGACGCCGUCACGGUCGUCCUGUACCACCUCUUCGAGGAGUUUGCCAACUUCGAGCAGGUGACCAUUAUCGAUAUCAUCCUCGGCUUCCUCAGCUUCUUCGUGGUGUCGCUGGGCGGUGUCUUCGUUGGCGUCAUUUAUGGGGUGAUCGCUGCCUUCACGUCCCGCUUCACCUCUCACAUCCGAGUCAUCGAGCCCCUCUUCGUCUUCCUCUACAGCUACAUGGCGUAUCUCUCUGCUGAGCUCUUCCACCUCUCCGGCAUCAUGGCGCUCAUCGCCUCCGGCGUGGUCAUGCGGCCCUAUGUGGAAGCCAACAUCUCCCACAAAUCCCACACCACCAUCAAGUAUUUCCUUAAGAUGUGGAGCAGCGUGAGCGAGACCCUCAUCUUCAUCUUCCUGGGCGUCUCCACCGUGGCUGGCCACCACUACUGGAACUGGACCUUUGUCAUCAGCACGCUGCUCUUCUGCCUCAUCGCAAGAGUUUUGGGUGUCCUGGUCCUCACCUGGUUCAUCAACAAGUUCCGAAUUGUGAAGCUGACGCCGAAGGACCAGUUCAUCAUCGCCUAUGGGGGCCUGCGGGGAGCCAUCGCCUUCUCCCUCUGUUAUCUCCUGGACUAUAAGCAUUUUGGCAUGAGGGACAUGUUCCUCACAGCCAUCAUCACGGUCAUCUUCUUCACAGUCUUUGUGCAGGGCAUGACCAUCCGGCCCUUGGUGGACCUGCUGGCCGUGAAGAAGAAGCAAGAGACAAAACGCUCCAUCAACGAAGAGAUCCACACGCAGUUCUUGGAUCACCUUCUGACGGGGAUCGAGGAUAUCUGUGGUCACUACGGGCAUCACCACUGGAAGGACAAGCUGAAUCGCUUCAACAAGAAGUACGUGAAGAAGUGCCUGAUUGCGGGGGAGCGGUCCAAGGAGCCCCAGCUCAUCGCUUUCUAUCACAAGAUGGAGAUGAAGCAGGCAAUCGAGCUGGUGGAGAGCGGGGGCAUAGGCAAGAUCCCCUCCGCUGUUUCCACCGUCUCCAUCCAGAACAUCAACCCCAAGACCCUCCCCGUGGAGCGCAUCCUUCCGGCCCUGUCCAAAGACAAGGAGGAAGAGAUCCGGAAAAUCCUUCGCAACAACCUGCAGAAAACCAGGCAGAGGUUGCGAUCCUACAACCGGCACACGCUUGUGGCCGACCCUUACGAGGAAGCCUGGAACCAGAUGCUCCUGCGGAGGCAGAAGGCCCGGCAGCUGGAACAGAAGAUGAACAACUACCUGACAGUGCCGGCUCACAAGCUCGAUUCGCCCACCAUGUCCCGGGCUCGCAUAGGCUCAGACCCGCUGGCCUACGAACCCAAGGCGGACUCGGAGAAUCUGCCCAUCAUCACCAUCGACCCAGCCUCCCCGCAGUCCCCGGAGUCCGUGGACCUGAUGAACGAGGAGCCCAAGGGCUGCGGGGGCCUCCCGCCCUCGCCCGAGGAGGACGAGGAGGGGCUGGUGAUGAGGGUGAAGGAGCCUUCCUCCCCGGGGACCGACGACGUCUUCACCCCGGGGACCGGCGACAGCCCCAGCAACCAGCGGAUGCUGCGAUGCCUGAGCGACCCGGGGCCUCGGCCGGAGCCGGAGGAGGGGGAACCCUUCAUCCCCAAGGGGCAGUAGCAGCUGACACGCGAAGCCUCACGCGAUGCUCCGUACGGUUUCUCUCUCUCUUCAUUUGUUCUUCUUUCUUUGCUCUCCUUUUUGGUUUCCUCUGUCACUACACACCGGGUUUGGGAAGGGGAGACCGUCCUGGAUGGACUGGGAUUGCCAGGACAGCUCUGCCCAGCAAGCCCUGGGCUGACCCCGAGGAGCGGGGAAGGAGCCCCCGGGAUGCACCGGGCUCCUCAGCCGCCGUGGCCUGGGGGCGACGGACGAUUUACCGCCCGGUACUGGGAUUUGCAGGUGCCUCGCAGCCCCGGUGGGGCUUUCCCGGAGGCUGCCCACCCGCUCAGGACCUGCAAGCGGCUCCUCGGGGCGGCUGCGGCCGGCGCGGGGUGGGCUCUGGCCGGGGAGCUGGGAGCAUCCGCGGAGGCUGCCCCACGGCGCAGCUUCGCCGCUUCCCGGCUUGCGUUUUGCCUGCUCCCUCGCCUUGCUCCGGAGCGGAGGGAUGGGAAGACGGGAGCCAGGCUCUGCGCCGGGGCUGGCGCGCCCACCACCUCACCCAGCACCCUCCAAGGGACCUCGGGCUCGUGCCGCUGCUCCCUCUCUUGGCCGCUUCCCCUACGGGGCCGGCUGCCGCCCAGGAACCUCUCCUCCAGCCCUGCAUUUCACGCCAGGUCUUGUUAAAUAAAUAUCCUAUAGCCAUGCAAGGGGGGAGCCGGGU